UACGGUUGCCGCUCUAUGUAGUGUAUCCGUGAUGGUGACUCGCAAAACCUCUUAAAUACAUAUUUUAACCUCAAAUCUCGAACAGGCUUGUUGAGGGCAAAAAUUGCUUAAUUGUUUGGUUUAUUUGUUUAGAAAGUAAGUGAAUAAAAUGCCGGAAAGUACCAAGACGGAAGCAAAACCGAUCAAAGAGGUGAAGAAUGGCAAAGAAGAUGAUAAAAAUGAACUGUCGGAAGAGGAUAAGCUUCUACAAGAGGAGUUAACCUUGCUUGUGGAGCGCCUGCAGGAUACCAAUACCAAGCUUCAUUAUCCUGCUUUGGAAUCCUUGCGUUCGCAUAUUCGUGCGUCAACGACAUCAAUGACGAGCGUACCAAAGCCAUUGAAAUUUAUGCGACCCCACUAUGACACUAUGAAAAGCAUACACGAAAAGAUGACCAAUGUCAAAUGUAAGGAAUUAUGUUCCGAUAUUAUUUCGGUUCUGGCAAUGACUAUGGGCGAGGGCCGAGACUGUUUAAAGUAUAGACUCACGGGCUCGGCACUGGCGAUUGGUGAAUGGGGACAUGAAUAUGUUAGACACUUGUCAGGAGAACUGGCAGGAGAAUGGGAUGAAGUCACGGGCGACAAUGUUGAAGCAACAAACAAAAAAUUGAUUGCUCUGGUGCACGAGAUUGUACCCUACAAUAUGGCACAUAAUGCAGAAACAGAGGCGUGUGACCUCCUAAUGGAAAUCGAGAGGUUGGACUUGUUGGAACAGUACGUCGAUGAAAGUGCGUACCAGCGUGUGUGUCUCUAUCUUACGAGCUGCGUGUCGUAUGUAGCCGACCCGGAGAACAGCACUCUUCUUCAUGUUGCCUGUAAAUUAUAUCGAAAAUUUGGGCAAUAUCCGCAAGCAAUCAGACUGGCGAUGCAACUGAACGAUUUACCACUAAUCGAAUCGAUUUUCACAAACUGUCGAGAUCUCUCUGUGCAAAAGCAAUUGGCCUUCAUGCUGGGUCGUCAGCAAAUCUUCCUAGAACUGCACGAAGCUACCAUUGAGGACGACGAUCUGUUCGAGAUAAUGUCCAACUCCCACUUGAACAAUCAUUUCCUUAACUUGGCACGUGAAUUGGAUAUAAUGGAGCCGAAGACACCUGAGGAUGUCUACAAGUCUCAUCUAGAGAACUCGCGACCGCCAUUCGGUGGCGGCCAGGUUGAUUCAGCGCGGCAGAAUCUCGCGGCAAGUUUCGUCAACGGUUUUGUAAACGCCGCGUUCGGCCAUGACAAGUUGCUGAUUGAAGAUGGUAACAAGUGGCUGUACAAGAACAAGGAGCAUGGUAUGUUGAGCGCAACCGCGUCUUUAGGUUUGAUCCUGUUGUGGGACGUCGAUGGUGGCCUGACGCCGAUCGAUAAGUACCUUUACUCGUCGGAGGACUACAUCAAGUCCGGUGCCUUGUUGGCCUGCGGAAUUGUCAACUGCGGUGUGAGGAAUGAAUGCGAUCCUGCUUUGGCUCUACUCUCCGAUUACGUGUUGCACAGCAGCAACACCAUGCGUAUCGGCGCCAUUGUUGGCCUUGGUAUUGCAUAUGCUGGCUCCAAUAGAGAAGGCGUGCUGGGCUUACUGACACCGGUCCUCAGUGACACUAAAUCGAGCUGGGAAGUGUUGGGUAUGACUGGUUUAGCAUUAGGAAUGGUUGCUGCUGGUUCCUGCAACGCUUACGUUACCACAGCGAUUAUGCAUACGCUGAUGGAUAAAUCGGAAUCUGAUCUUAAAGAUACAUACGCGCGGUUUUUGGCUCUCGGAUUGGGACUGUGCUUCCUGGGUAAACAGGAAGCGGCGGAAGCGAUUAUAGCGGCUUUAGAGAUAGUUCAUGAGCCUUUUAGGUCGAUGUCUACGACGCUGGUAGAGGUGUGCGCGUAUGCCGGUACAGGGAACGUUCUCAAGAUCCAGCACUUGCUGCAUAUUUGCUCGGAGCACUAUGAGUCGAGCAACGAAAAGGAGGAAAAGGGCGAGCGUAAAGACAAAGAUAAGAAGGAAGAGAAAAAAGAGGAGAAGGAAAAGGAUCUCAGCUCCAAGCAGGCUAUCGCUGUCCUCGGUAUUGCCUUGAUCGCCAUGGGAGAGGAGAUUGGUGCCGAGAUGGCUUACAGGACCUUUGGCCACCUUCUGCGUUAUUGCGAGCCUGUGAUUCGCCGCUCGGUGCCGCUAGCUCUUGGUCUCAUAUCGGUAUCGAAUCCGAAACUGAAUAUCUUGGACACGCUGUCCAAAUUUUCACACGACAGCGACCCCGAGGUAGCGCACAACGCAAUAUUCGCCAUGGGUUUGGUCGGUGCCGGCACGAAUAAUGCGCGACUGGCCGCUAUGUUGAGACAGCUGGCCCAGUUUCACGCGAAGGAUCCCAACAACCUCUUUAUGGUGCGUAUCGCACAAGGCUUGACGCAUCUGGGCAAGGGCACGCUUACCCUAUCGCCUUACCACAGCGACAGACAGCUGCUUAGUCCUGUUGCUCUUGCCGGCCUUCUGUCCACGCUAAUCGGUUUCUUGGAUGUAAAAAACAUUAUUCUUGGACGUUCACAUUAUCUCCUGUACACGCUGGCUGCUGCAAUGCAACCCAGAAUGCUGGUGACAUUUGACGAGGAUUUAAAUCCACUGGCCGUGCCUGUAAGAGUCGGACUUGCCGUCGACGUCGUAGGCCAAGCGGGCAAACCGAAGACCAUCACGGGCUUCCAAACGCAUACCACCCCAGUGUUGUUGGCAUACGGUGAGAGAGCAGAACUCGCUACAGAGGAGUACAUACCGUUGACACCGAUCAUGGAAGGUUUUGUAAUCUUGAGAAAAAAUCCGGACUUUAUACCUUAGUUAUCCUAAUAUUCUUCUUGAUCAUCAUCGUACCGUGUACUUGUACUGAACUACUUGUAAGGAAGAAUAAUAUAAUAUCUAAAAUAUCUCAUA